AUGGUGGAAAAGAGGAAGAAAGGUGUUUUGGUAGGGAAAAAGGGAGGAACUUGUACUACUCCAUCACCUACAUGGAGAUUUCAAACUCCAUCUCAACAAAAUAAUAUUGUUUCAAGUUCAACCAUUUCUGCUAGAAAGCUUUGUGCCAAUCUCUGGCAAAUUCAACAUGGUGCCACCACUCUCCGGUCGCGUCUCCUCCGCAAAAACACCUCCUCUAACCAGGUGGCGCCAUUUAGCCGUGCAACUUCAGCGCGGCUACUUAAUGUGCUAAACAGAAUAUGGAGUCUUGAAGAGCAACAGGCAUCAAAUAUAUCAGUGGUGAAAGCUUUAAAAAUGGAACUAGACUGCGCACGAACACGGAUGAAGGAGUUAGUACGGGAGAAGCAAGCGAACGCACGGGUAAUGGAGAAGUUAAUGAAGAAAAUGACCAUGGAAAAGUUUGUUAGAAUGAGUAAAGAACACGAUAGAAUUAAUGCUGCUGUGCAAUCGAUUCAUGAAGAGCUUGAAGAUGAGAGAGCGUUGCGAAAGGACUCUGAAAGCUUGCAAUGGAAGUUAGCUAGGGAGCUUUCUGAAGUGAAGUUUUCAUUCUCUGGUUGUUUGAGAAACCUUGAGCGAGAGAGGAAAGCGCGGAUUCUAUUGGAGAAUUUGUGCGGGGAGUUUGCUAAAGGAAUAAAGAGUUAUGAACAAGAAAUACGCUGUCUUAGGCGCGAUUCUGAAUAUUUUGAAGUUAAAGAGAAUAGCGUUGAUCGGUUAGUACUUCAUAUUUCAGAAGCUUGGCUUGAUGAGCGCGCGCAAAUGAAGUUAGCACAACGUGGAAGUGAUCUAAUUGAGAGAUUUUCGAUUGUUGACAAGUUAGGUUUUGAUAUAGAAACGUUUCUUCAUGCAAAACGUUGCGUGGAUUUGAGAAAAUUCGGUUACUCCUCGCCAAAGGAGCUCAAGGAAAUUCCUCCUAUGGAUUCCCUUCCACUGCAAGAUGCUGCAAGUGGACCUCAAAAUAUGGAUCAGGAAGAUUCCAUUGGUAAUGACUGGUUUGAACCGAAAGAGAUCAUCACCGUUGAAGGACUCAGAAAACUCGGCUCCAGACCGCAAAGAAACAAAGAUACUGUGCUCCAUCGAGAAAAUAAAGGAAAAAAAAGUUCAAUUAAGAAAGAGGUUAUGUCAAAGGAAAUCACUGAGGAGAGGAACAUGUCACAUAACGAUAACAAUACGAGUUGCUUGUUGGAGAAGACAUCGAGUGAAAUGAAAGAAGACAACAUAAAACUGUGGAAAUCAAAGUUGAUUGCUUCAGAUUUUGGCGAAACCGGGGCAAUUUUUUCAACCAAAAUGCCAAAGGGAGUAAAGGAAAACACAUUGAUGGCAAAACUACUUGAAGCAAGACUAGAGAGACAGAGAAGUAGGUCCAAAGGUGGAAAAAGCACUUCUUGA